AUGCCUUCUCCUUCCUCCCUCCAAUGGCUCAGUCUGGUAGCCACCAUAUGGCUCCAAACUAUCAAUGGAGCCAAUACAGACUUCCCUGUCUACUCCUCACAGCUGAAACAACUCCUCUCCAUCUCCCAAGUCCAGCUCAACAACCUGGCCUUUGCUUCUGAUGCCGGUAAACUCUUCAGUUGGCUUGCCGGCUUCGCAGUCACCUAUCUUCCUCUCAGACUCGUCCUCUUCAUUGGUACAGCCUUCAGUCUUCUUGGCUAUGGCCUCCAAUACCUCUUCUUAACACAAAAAAUCACUCACCUCUCAUAUUGGCAAGUGUUCCUUCUCACAGCUCUAUCAGGCAAUGGCAUAUGCUGGAUUAACACUGUUUGCUAUCUCAUCUGCAUCAGAAACUUCUCUUCUUACAGCAGAAUUGCUGUAGGAAUCUCAACCAGUUUUGUUGGUUUGAGCGCUAAAGUAUACUCUGACAUAGCUGAUGCAAUCUUCCAGCCUGAAAACAAAGCUAAGGCUUAUCUGCUUCUAAAUGCAGUUUGUCCUCUUCUUGUUGCUGUUGUUACUUCACCUGUUAUUAGAGAAGAUUUGAACACAGGAGAAGAAGAAAAACAUGGAGCUUUUAUGGUUAUGUUUGUGUUAACUAUUGCAACAGGAACUUGUUCUUUUCUUGGCAGCAUUGGUCCUGUAUCAACUUGGUUUGGGUCAAGAGAACUUGUGAUCAGUAUGGCUCUUCUUCUUGUUUCCCCAGCACUUAUCAUCCCUGUUUAUGCCAUGUUUAAGGGGAGGAGUUGGGAUAAGGUGAAGAAAGUUUAUGAGCUAAGUGUUGAGGAAGGUGGAGGAGGAGGAGGAGAAGGAAGAAAGGAAGCAUUAAAGGGUGAAAUGAAGGAAGAAGUUGGUUUCAAGGUGAUGAUGAGAAAGAUGGAGUUUUGGCUGUAUUUCUUCAGUUAUAUGUUCGGAGCAACAGUUGGAAUGGUGUUUCUGAAUAACUUGGGACAGAUUGCAGAGUCUCGUGGGCUCUCUAAUGCAACUUCUCUUGUCUCGUUGGCUUCUUCUUUUGGCUUUUUUGGAAGGCUGAUGCCAUCUUUAAUGGAAUAUCACUUAUCAAAAAAGGGAUACACUGAUUCAAGCCCAGGUAUUAUGGCAACUAUGAUGGUUCCUAUGGUGCCUGCCUUCUUCUUCCUCCUCCUCAACUCAAGUAAUCUCAUUUUAUACGCUAGCACUGCAGUCAUUGGAGCUUGCUCAGGGUCAAUAACCUCCAUUGCUGUCUCUGCAACAACUGAACUAUUUGGAACCAAAAAUUUUGCAAUAAAUCACAACAUUAUUAUAACAAACAUUCCAAUUGCAUCUUUCCUCUUUGGUUACUUGGCCGGUCUUCUUUAUCAAAGGCAGGGAGGAAGCAAUAGUUGUAUAGGAACUGACUGCUAUAACAAAACCUUCAUCAUUUGGGGUUUUGUUUCUUCAUUGGGAACACUUCUCUGUACAGUACUCUUCAUCAGAACUCGCAGAGUUUGUUGUAAAUUAGAAGAAAAUGCAGAUAUUUGA